CAAUGAAGAAAAAAUAUGGCAACUCCACAAAGAUGGGUGCAGCUCUCAGUCACAGCUGAAUCCUGUUCAACUCUUUUUGGGUUUGGCUGCUUCAGAAGAAAACGAGUCUCUGCCGUCUCUACUUCACGCCGCCGAUCCCAAAUGGCCGCCGCCGCCGCUUCCUCCGAUCCACCUAAAAUCAUCGAUUCCCAUUUGCACGUCUGGGCCUCGCCCCAACAGGCUGCAGAAAAGUAUCCAUAUUUUCCGGGUCAGGAGCCUACAUUGCCGGGUCAUGUUGAAUUCCUGCUUGAGUGCAUGGGGCAAGCUGGAGUGGAUGGUGCCCUUAUAGUGCAACCCAUUAAUCAUAAGUUUGAUCACUCAUAUGUCACAAGUGUCUUGAAGAAAUAUCCAUCGAAAUUCUUUGGUUGCUGUCUUGCGAAUCCGGCUGAAGAUGGAACCGGCGUCAAACAGCUGGAAGAGCUCAUUUCCGAGGAUGGCUAUCGCGCUGUGCGAUUCAAUCCGUACUUGUGGCCAUCUGGUCAGUUGAUGACAAAUGAAGUUGGGAAGGCGAUGUUUGCCAAAGCUGGAGAGCUUGGUGCUCCCGUUGGUUUCAUGUGUAUGAAGGGUCUUGAUCUGCAUUUAUCGGAAAUUGAAGAACUGUGCACGGAGUUUCCUUCGACAGUUGUUUUACUUGACCAUUUGGGUUUCUGCAAACCUCCAAAAAAUCAGGAAGAAGAACAAUUAUUUUCGAAGCUGCUAAACUUAUCUAGAUUUCCACAGGUGUACGUGAAACUCAGCGCUCUCUUCAGAGUGUCGAGAUGUCCAUACCCGUAUGAAGAUUUGUCCGAUCUUGUAACAAAAGUGGUGUCGAGCUAUGGUGCUAACCGCAUCAUGUGGGGAAGUGACUUCCCUUACGUUGUCCCUGAAUGCGGUUACAAAGAAGCAAAAGAAGCAGUGUGGCAACUUCUUCAACAAGCGCAGUUGUCAUCUUCUGAGUCGGAAUGGAUCAUGGGUCGAACUGCUAAUCAGAUACUCUUCAACAAUCCGUCAUCGUCUUCUUAGAUAUCGAGCUGAACGCUCCCUGGUGCAUUUCCCAUCUCAUUGAUAGUAGCACCCAACUGGAGUAGCUUCAUGGUUUGAUCAUGCAGAAUUGUAAUAACCAAACUUAUCUAUCUUCCAAAUUGAGGUUAAUGAAGCUCCAUAUAUUAAUUCAA